CGAUAGCAAGCGAUUAUACAGCUGCAAUAAGUGAGGAGCGAUAAGAUUUUAAUCUGCAUUCGGAUGAAACAAAUAUUGCAGGCCUUUGAACUACACAUGAAUCGGGUGCACUGAUAACCGACUCACCAGUCAAUCUUCGCUCGUUACUAGAGCAGGUUCUUAUUUAUUAACUGACGCCGAAUAACUUUCUUUAUUCCAAUAUAAACAAAGGCAUAAUGACUAAUAACGUGGCACCAAUAGAACCAAAUGGUAACCUAAUCAAACAGCCGACAUUGGAGCUGCACUUCAGCCAACUUUGCUACAGCCUCAAGACGCCAGUCAACAAGAGUGUUAACCAAAUACUGAUCGAUACAUGCGGGAGCUUUCUAGCGGGUCGCCUUACGGCCAUUCUUGGUCAAUCUGGAGCCGGCAAAUCAUCGCUGCUAAAUAUUCUAGCGGGUUUCAAAGUCAAGGAUGUUUCUGGCCAGAUUCUGCUCAAUGGACAGCCACGAGAACUGCAUUCCUUUCGCAUGAUGUCUUCCUACAUAGCACAAAACUUUGUGACACAUGGUCUACUGACUGUGGAGGAAACGUUGCGAGUUUCCGCCGACCUGAAGCUACCCACAUCCACACUGAAGCAGCAGAAGCAACAAAUUCUGGAUGAGAUUGUUGAUGUGCUGAAUCUACAAUCCUGCCGGCAGACGUUGGUGCGUGAUAUUUCUGGAGGCGAACACAAGCGUCUCUCGAUUGGGAUCGAGCUGAUUACCAAUCCUCCCAUAAUGUUUUUCGAUGAGCCCACCAGUGGACUGGACAGCGUCGCCAGUUAUCAAGUUAUGUGCUAUUUGCAGAAACUGGCUCACCAGGGAAGAAUUGUGGUCUGUGUAGUGCAUCAGCCCAGUUCAAAAUUGAUGCAACUUUUCGACGAUAUCCUGGUGCUCUCCAACGGCGAAGUGCUCUACUCAGGACCACAGUGCGACAUGUUGGAAAGCUUCAAGACGGCAGGCUACAAUUGUCCACAGUAUUAUAAUCCCGGCGACUUUGUGCUAGAAGUUGGUAGCGAAUCAUCGAAUCAACGCUGCGAAACGCUCAUCUCACAAAACAAGGCCAGAUACGACAGACUACAGAGCUUCAUGAAGGCAACUCCAAACGAGCAAACAGCGCUCAUCAAGAUGACGGAUUCAACGAGUGCUGACUUGCAGUUAAUUCGACCCACGGAACGGGUGGAUUUCUGCGUUCAGUUGCGUGUGCUCCUUAAACGACAUCUGCAUAUCAUGGCAAGGGAUAUGAUGGCCGUGCAGUUGCGAAUUAUAAUGCACAUUGUGGUGGCUUUGUUGCUGGGCGUGGUCUACUGGCAGAUUGGCGACGAUGCUGACAAAGUGAUUAGCAAUGUGUCUUGCUUAUUCUUUAUCAUAUUAUUUGUAUUUAUUGGCAAUGCUAUGCCUUCUAUAUUGUUAGUCCUGCAGGAUUCUCCAGUAUUCAUGCGGGAAUAUUACAAUGGCUGCUACUCCCUGAGAGCCUACUUCAUAUCCAAGGUGAUGGCGGAUUUACCAUUGCAGUUGAUUUGUCCAACACUUUUUCUUAGCAUUAGUUAUUUUAUGACGGGUCAACCACCGGAAUUUUAUCGCUUUGCCAUGUCCUGGGCAAUUUGUGUGUUAACUGCAUUUAUUGGACAUUUUAUUGGGGUGAUUAGUGGCACACUAUGCGAACUGCAGCUGUCCAUGUUUAUAGUACCAGCAAUCUCCAUACCAUUUCUGCUCUUCUCCGGUUUUUUUAUACGCCUGCGUGAAUUAUCCUGGUUUCUUCGUCCGAUUUGUGAUAUUUCAUACUUUCGAUACAUUUUCGAAGGUCUCAUGCGAGCCAUCUACGGUUAUGAUCGUGGUCAGCUACCAUGUACUAAGGACUUUUGUUUUUUCUAUUCAUCAGAAAAGUUUCUCAAAGAAUUCGACAUGGAUGGCGAUGAAUUUGGUAGGGAUCUAAUAAUAUUGGUAUUAAUGUUGAUCCUCUUGUUAAUCGGAUUCAAAAUCUCGUUACAUGUGGUCAUAAAACGUGCUAUAUAAUCCAUAAUGGUCUAGACUACGUAAAAAGGAAUAUGUUACAAUUAGAUUUUAACAGGGAAUGUAAUGAAUAUAAUAGUUAAAUAAAAAGCAUCAAAUUAAAAUUA